AUGCAGGCACCGGUAAUGGUAGUCAACACACAGGCGGGCGAACGCAAGACUGGCCGGCAAGCACAACUCUCCAACAUCACCGCCGCCAAGACCGUCGCCGACAUCAUCCGAUCAUGUCUCGGGCCCAAAGCCAUGCUGAAGAUGCUCCUCGACCCCAUGGGCGGCAUCGUCCUGACCAACGACGGCCACGCCAUCUUAAGAGAGAUUGAAGUCGCCCACCCCGCAGCCAAGAGCAUGAUCGAGCUGGCACGAACACAAGAUGAGGAGGUGGGGGAUGGGACGACGACUGUCAUCAUCCUCGCCGGAGAAAUCCUGGCCAUGUCUCUCCCACAGCUGGAGCGCAACAUCCACCCGGUCGUCAUCAUCUCCGCCUUCAAGCGAGCGCUGGCAGAUGCUCUAGAGAUCAUACAAGACACCAGCAUACCCGUCGACGUCAACGACACCGCCGUCAUGCGCGACCUCAUCUCCACCUCCAUCGGCACAAAAUUCACCUCCCGCUACAGCGACCUCAUGUGCGAUCUCGCCCUCACCGCCGUCCGCACCGUCUCCCACGACGCCGGCGGCGGCAAGAAAGAAGUUGACAUCAAACGCUACGCCCGCGUGGAAAAAGUCCCUGGUGGCGAAAUCGAAGACAGUCGCGUGCUCUCUGGCGUCAUGCUCAACAAAGACAUCACCCACCCCAAGAUGCGACGUCGGAUCGAGAAUCCGAGGAUAGUAUUGUUGGACUGCACGCUCGAAUACAAAAAGGGUGAAUCCGCCACCAACAUCGAAAUCACGAAAGAAGAAGACUGGAACCGCAUCCUGCAGAUCGAAGAAGAGCAAGUGAAAGCCAUGUGCGACGCCCUCAUAGCCGUGAAACCGGACCUCAUCAUCACGGAAAAGGGCGUGUCGGAUCUAGCCCAGCACUUCCUGAUGAAACACGACAUCACCGCCCUCCGCCGCGUGCGCAAAACCGACAAUAACCGUGUGGCCCGCGCCACAGGCGCCACAAUCGUCAACUCCGUUUUCGAUUUGACGGAACGCGAUGUAGGCACCCAAUGUGGCUUAUUCGAAAUCGAGAAGAUCGGGGAUGAAUACUUCACCUUCUUGACCGAGUGCAAGGAGCCCAAAGCAUGUACCAUCUUGCUUCGCGGGCCGAGUAAAGAUAUCCUGAACGAGAUCGACCGGAAUCUGCUGGAUGCGAUGAGUGUAGCCCGUAACGUCAUUUUCCACCCCUAUCUCUCCCCCGGCGGAGGAGCGACCGAAAUGGCCGUUUCCGUCCGGCUGGCUCAGAAGGCCAAAGCGGUGGAGGGGGUGGCGCAGUGGCCUUAUCGCGCUAUAGCGGAGAGCAUGGAGGUGAUCCCGCGCACGCUUAUUCAGAAUGCGGGAGCCAGUCCGAUCCGGUUGUUGACGUCUUUGCGGGCGAAGCAUGCGGAAAACAUGAAGGGGGUUUGUAGUUGGGGGAUCGAUGGGGAGCAAGGGAAGGUGGUGGAUAUGAGGGAGCUGGGGGUAUUGGAGCCGCAGGCGAUUAAGUUGCAGAGUGUGAAGACGGCGGUGGAGAGUGCUUGUUUGCUUUUGAGGGUGGAUGAUAUUGUGGGGGCGAAGUCGGGUAAGGGGGGGAGUGGAGGUGGGGGUGGGGGUGGUGAGGAUGAGUAG